CUCUCACUUUCAUUUUCUCCUGAGUCUUUAUUUCACUCUUUGUUCCCUUCUCUUCUGCGGCCUGCACAUGGGUUAGCACAGGAUAAAGCAUUACAGAGUUACGGAGUGGAUAAAUCCCUUUGGGGAAAGGUGAUGAGUCAGGUAGAUCUGCAUGUGUGUCUGCAUGUGUGUGAGAGGAAGAGAUCUGACUCUCAGCAGGUUUAGUGACAGCCUCACUGAGGGAAUCACUCUGAGCUCUCUGUGGCUGUCGGUCACUUCUGCCUCCUCGUUGCACCUUUUCUCUGUAGCUUUUUCAGCAUCGCACACAUUUCUCCUUCCCACCUCCUCACCUUUCCACUGUGUCACCAUGGAUAUUGGUGGCCUGUCGACAGUGGUGGCCAACUCUGCCUACAUCUCAGCCCGCGGGAGCUUUGAUGGCACUGCCAACCCUACAGCCAACCGAGACAAGAAAUACCACUCACACCUGAAGCUGCCUCACAUCACAGUGUGCGAAGGUCUGAGGGAAACCUUAGACCUCGGCUUUCAGACGGUCUGCGUGGAGCAGCCCAUUGGCAAACGUCUUUUCCAGGAGUUUCUAGAUUCCAACAAUGAGUAUAAAGGCCCCUGCCGCCUUUGGAAGGAUAUUGAGGAGUACAACAUGGCUGAGGAUGAGGAUAGAGUUAAAAAAGCCAGCAAGAUCCUGUCCCGGUACAUGGAGCCUGGUGCUAAGUAUUUCUGCCCCUUCCUGCCAGAGAAUGGCAUCACAAAGGUCAAAGAGAAACACCAGGAAGCCGGUGAUGAUCUAUUAAAUGAGACUAUGGACAAUGUGAUGGACUUUCUCAAGGAAGUACCCUACACUUUCUUCCUGGAGACCAUGUAUCUGAAGAGGUUUCUACAGUGGAAGUGGCUGGAGAUGCAGCCAAUGGAAGAGGACUGGUUUUUGGAUUUCCGUGUUUUGGGAAAAGGGGGUUUUGGGGAAGUGUCUGCCUGUCAGAUGAAGGCCACGGGGAAACUGUAUGCCUGCAAAAAGCUCAAUAAAAAGAGGCUGAAGAAGAGAAAAGGAUACGAGGGGGCAAUUGUGGAGAAGAGGAUCUUGGCACGAGUUCACAGCAGGUUCAUUGUCUCCUUGGCUUACGCCUUCCAGUCAAAAACAGAGCUGUGUCUGAUCAUGACUAUCAUGAAUGGAGGAGACCUGAGGUAUCACAUCUAUAAUGUGGAUGAGAACAACCCAGGCUUUGAUGAGCCACGGGCCUGCUACUAUGCUGCUCAGAUCAUCCAGGGCAUGGAGCAUCUCCACAAGAAGAGAAUCAUCUACAGAGACCUCAAACCAGAGAAUGUGCUGCUGGAUAAUCAAGGUAACAUUCGUAUCUCUGACCUUGGUCUGGCUGUGGAGAUGGCUGACGAUCAGCUCAAAAUCAAAGGCUACGCUGGGACUCCAGGUUUCAUGGCACCAGAGCUGCUAAAAGGAGAAGAGUAUGACUACUCUGUAGACUACUUCACUCUGGGGGUCACUCUGUAUGAGUUUAUCUCUGCUAAGGGACCUUUUAGGACCAGAGGAGAGAAGGUGGAGCACAAGGUAUUGAAGAAGCGGAUUCUCAAUGACCCCGUGAUUUAUCCAGAAAAGUUCAGUGAGAACGCCAGGUCCAUCUGUGAGGGUCUGCUGUGCAAAGAGGUGGACAAGAGGCUCGGCUUCAAGAAUGGAUCAUGUGACGACCUCCGGGUGCACCCUUUCUUUAGUGAGAUCAACUGGAGGAAGCUGAACGCAGGGAUUCUUCCACCACCAUUCGUGCCAGAUUCAAAAACAGUUUAUGCCAAAAACAUCGAUGAUGUCGGGGCCUUCUCCACGGUUAAAGGCGUGCAGCUGGACGAUAAGGACAAUGAAUUUUUUGACGAGUUUGCUUCGGGAAACAUCUCAAUCCCCUGGCAGGAGGAGAUGAUCGAAAUGGGGAUCUAUGGUGAGCUCACAGUCUGGGGCCCCAACAGUACCUUACCCAAUGACCUGCGACGUGAGUCCAUCCUGGAGCAGCCGCCCAAAUCCUCCACCUGCACUUUGUCAUAAGAGGCCAGAUAGUGCAUGAAUAACUCUGCAUGAACUGUUUAACUAUCAGUCAAUCUGACUUUCUUUCUUGAGCACUUUUUGUACAGGGAUUUCUGUACAGGUUAGUGGUUGUGUUAAAUACAAGCAUCAGCACUCAUUAGAGUCCUCAUGGACAAGAUGAAAUACUUCUUCAACCAGCUUUUUAUCC